AUGGGUGCCGGACCAGCGCUGACCUCCGCCAACCUCGUACCGUCCUAUAGUCACCUCAUCGAUAGGUCAAGGCCAUGGUGGAAGAAUAAGAGACUCGUUCUCCUCAACUUCUGGAUCUUGGUGCUGUUAAUCACGUCGACGACCAAUGGUUUUGACGGGAGUAUGAUGAAUGGCUUGCAGUCGCAGAGCCAGUGGGAAUCCGCAUUCAACCACCCUAGUGGAGGACAGUUGGGUUUGCUUAAUGCUAUCCAGAACAUCGGCUCUCUCUGCGGUCUCCCGUUUGCUCCGUACAUGACCGACAACCUCGGUCGGCGGUUUUCGGUGUUUUUCGGCGCUUGGGUUAUGAUCGCCGCUACAGUCGUCCAAACUGCGAGCCAAUCCGUGCAGAUGUUCAUUGGUGCAAGGUUUAUGAUUGGAUUUGGUCUUACGUUCGCAACGAGCGCUGCCCCACUUUUGAUCACUGAAGUCGCGUACCCUUCCCAACGUGCGGUGCUAACCUCGGUCUAUAACAGUCUUUGGCUGUUUGGAAGCAUCAUCGCUGCAUGGGUGACGUACGGCACAUUCCAAGUUCCGAACAGCUGGGCAUGGCGAAUCCCUUCUGCGAUUCAAGGCUUGCCUUCCGUCAUCCAAGUCUGUUUGAUCUGGUUCGUUCCGGAAUCUCCCAGAUGGCUCAUCAGCAAAGGCAGACAUGCAGAAGCACUGAAGACAUUAGCUUAUUACCACGCUAGCGGCAACCAGGAAGAUCCCCUGGUAGAGUAUGAAUUCCGGGAGAUCACAGAGGCGAUCAACCUCGAUCGAGAGGUCGCGGCGAAGGUCGGAUGGCUCACCCUGUUCCAGACGCCCGGGAACAGGAGGCGUUUGCGUAUCAUCAUUGCCCUGGCGUUUUUCUCGCAGUGGUCUGGGAAUGGUCUUAUUUCUUAUUACUUGAACAAGGUCUUUGAUGCUAUCGGAAUCACGGAUGACAACACUCAGCUGCUAGUCAACGGUGGUAUGAGCAUCUGGAGUUUUAUCUGCGGAAUCACCGGGGGCUUGCUGUGUGAUAAAGCGGGCAGACGGACGCUAUUCUUGACCUCAAUGUCUGGCAUGAUCGUUUUUUGGAUGCUGCAGACCGUGCUAUUUGCCGUCGACGUUCAGACCAACAAUCUCCUGGCCGGUCACGCUUUGAUCGCUAUGAUGUUCUUGUUUAACACGUUCUGCUUUGUUCUUUUCAACUUUGUUGUUAGUUUGACAAUUGUCUUCAACCAAUAUGUCAACCCUAUCGCUCUCGCCGCAUUGGGAUGGAAAUACUAUUUGGUCUACCUGUUCUGGUUGUGCUUUGAAAUCUGCUUCCUUUAUCGCUAUUUGGUCGAGACUAAGAACCGGACGCUCGAGGAAACUGCCGCCCUGUUCGACGGAGACGAUACUGUGGCCGCAAUCGCAAUGUCAACUGCGGUGUCUGCAGGUAUCGUGCCAGGCCCGCCCAGCGUCAGCGAGAAGAAAGAAGUGGUCGAGGAGCAGAUUGAACAGGUCUCAGCCUGA